CUCAGACUUAAUACUAAAAUAGGAUCAUUAUUGGUGGAAAUGGUUGUUUUGGUGGAAGAAUUUGGUCCAAUCUGUAUUAACCAUACCUGAGAUGUCUACACAUACCAAAAGACACACAUGCACACACUAAGUUAGCCACUGAAUGCUAAACCGAGCUUUAAAUAUCUAGUUCCAUUAAAGUUUCUUGAGUUAAUGUAACCAAAUCACUGUAAAUAGUUACAUUAACCCCUUAAAUGGCUAAAGUUUUAUUACACACUUCUAUAAUCCAAGAAUGGCUCAGCCAGUUUGCAUUGAAGUCCCUGUAGUUGCUGAAUAAUAAGCCUAAGUAUGUAAUAAGUCUGGGAUUUUAAGGAGUUAGUUACUUUAAUAAACGUAGUAGAAUAACUGUAACUAGUUACACUGAUGUCAGCUGAGUAAAUGUAAUCAUGGGCCUGUAACUAGUUACAUUGAUGUUAGUUGAAUAAUUGUAACAGAACAACUGUAACUAGUCACACUGGUGUUACUUAAGUAAAUGUAACCAUGGAGCUGUAAAUAGUUACCUUGAUGUUACUUGAGUAAUUGUAACAGAGCAACUGUAACUAAUUACAUUGGUGUUACUUAAGUAAAUGUAACCAUGGACCACAGUCUACACCUCUGUCCAUUAUACUGGACACGUCUUAGCACUUUUCUUAAUUGUUUUUUUCUGCUUUAUGCUAAUUGUUUGAAUCCAGUCAUGUAAUUAAGUACUAGCAUUGUAUUAGAAUCAUUUUAAACAUAUAUAUGCAACCAAGCUGGUUAUAUAUUUUCAAAAACAGAGAUACAAAGAAGUUUAAUUCAUGAUUCCAGACUUUUUAACAGUACUGUAUUUCUGGCUUUAGUACAAGCCUGUAGUAAAGAAAAAAACAGCUCCACAGUCAUAAAUGAAAAAGCUAUUGAUCAUGUUGGCAUAAUUUAGUGAUGAAAUUACAGUCUGCGGACAAGAAAUGCCUUCCUGAAGCAAACUUUAAUCUGUUUAUCAUUGUUUGGACACCCGCAGGUUUGGACAGCUGCAAACAUUACUUUUAAAUGUGCUUUAAAAUCUCUCAUAUGUUCCAAAAUGUAACAUCUCCUCUCCUCUCCGCUCAGCACUCCUAGCUCAUUUGUCUUUUCUCACUUUCAGGGCGUUCGACUUUUGCCGUGGGUGACCCCAGAGAGAGAGAGAGAGAGAGUGAGAGAGAGAGGGAGAGGGAGAGGCUGAGAUGGAUGCACAUAUCUGGAAUGAAGCUGAGGAAACUUCUAGACAUGCACCUGCCAAGACCUUAAAGAGAAAAGAGUCGGGGGUGCGGGGGGUGGGGGGACACCGUAAACGCACUCGUCCCAUAAAUGCUGGGCACACGUACGGUCUGCCGCUGAGUGACUUGGGAUGCAUGCAGUGCGUGUACACACAAUAAGGUAAGGUUUGGAGGUAAAUGUGCUUGCAGUGGAGUUGCAGUGUGUGCAUGUGCACUUUGAGGCCAGAGUGAAGUGUAUCGACGUGUAGAACGUAUCAGCAUACACUUUCUCUGUGCUGCCAUGUCUCCUAUCACUGCAUAAAAGGAGCACGGAUGUUGGAUGUACUUUGAUUUCACACAGUGCGCAUUUCAGAUCAAUGGUCAGACGUGUGCCACUCUGUGACCAGCUCUACCGUUGCCAGGAGACUGAGGUCACAAGGUCAGAGGUCAAGCCACCAUACACAUACGCGUGUCAUCAAGAGCUCUGCGUCUGAGGUAUUGUCUGGGCAUCCAGGAGAAGAAGGUGCGCAUGGCCCUAGGGCUGGUGACAUCAAGGUUAGGAGGGGUCUUGUUUGCAACUAGGAAACACAGAGGGCUCUGCUGGGCAGUUGGUAAAGUUGUAGUGGAGAUGCGCGUCCCCGAGCGCGCGUGCCUGUGGAGUCUCUUGCUGUCAGCGCUGAUGCUGCGGUCCUGCGCGCAUAAGCAGCCCCCUGGUCUGGAGGUACUGGUGUCCACUCAGUCAAACAGUCAGGGUCAGAAAGUGUUCACUACAGAUGGAAGGGAGUGUAAGUUUCCGUUCAGGCUGGGUGGAACUGUUUAUCAUCACUGCAUUUCAGUGAGCUCUAGCAGAAAGUGGUGCUCUCUCACACACAACUUUGACCGAGACCUGAAGUGGGGCUACUGCGGUCCACGCCCACGGCUCUUCAACACUGUUGCGGCAAGUUUCAGACAAGUUGCAAGACGCUCUACAGUGCAUUAUGAAACGCAAGUAGAAACCUUUCUGAGUUCUCACAGAGAUCGGAGCCUCUGCGAACCAAACCCGUGUAAGAAUGGUGGCGUGUGUACGCCGGUACCUCAACAGCACUCAUUUGAGUGUGCCUGUCCGGAUGCCUUCAUGGGGCCGGCGUGUGAACUGAGCAAGUGCUAUGAACCACUGCACCUGAGACAUUAUGACAUCGGGGAGUCAUGGGGAAGAAUCCAACUGCGUAACGUGGAGCUGUGCAAGUGCCUCAGUGAGGGCGUGUCCUGUGAGCGUGUACGAUACAGAGUCUGCUCAAGUAAUCCCUGUGAGAAUGAGGGCAUCUGCAGAAUAAUUGAAGGCACAGGAGAAGUGUGUGCCUGCAGAGAAGAAUACAGUGGAACACGCUGCAGUAUCAGGCCAGAGCAAAAGUGCUAUAGGGACAAUGGUGUGCUUUACCGUGGCACUGCUAACACUACAGUAUCUGGUGCCUCCUGUCUGCCCUGGAACUCUGACCUGCUGUAUGAUGAGCUGACUGUGGACACAGUCCACAGCACCUCUCUAACAGGACUGGGUGAUCAUUCCUUCUGCAGGAACCCUGAUGAGGACGCGCUGCCGUGGUGCUACACGAUGAGUGAUGGGGCCAUUUCAUGGGAAUACUGUAAUGUGCCAUCUUGUCCCAGAGGUCCAUGGAGUCGUAAAGUUCCUCCUGUCCAUCCAACUCCGAGUCCCUCGCCCACUCCUGCGCCAGGUCCCGUUGCGGGCUGUGGGCGGAGGCAUGCAAAGCGUAUUCCUCGUGGGCGGAUUCUGGGUGGGUCAUCUGCGCUGCCCGGCUAUCACCCCUGGAUGGCAGCGCUGUAUAUCGGCGAGGAGUUCUGUGCCGGCAGCCUGGUCUCAUCCUGCUGGGUCAUAUCCGCCGCUCACUGCUUCUUACGCAAUCCGUUGAAGUCAACAGUGCGUGUGGUCCUUGGCCAGCAUUUUUUCAAUGAUACGGGUUCUAACACUCGAACGUUUGGCAUAGAGAAGUAUGUGCACUACCACAACUACGUUCAGUUCAACCCAACUGUGCAUGAUAUUGUGCUGGUGAAGCUGAAGAAGGUGAAUGGCCGGUGUGCUCCUAAGACUCAGUUCAUUCGGCCCAUCUGUCUGCCAGACAGGUUCAUGACGUUUCCUGACUAUACGUGUUGCACCAUAACGGGCUGGGGACACAUGCAGGAGAAGGGGAACUCGUAUUCUCACCUGAGAGAGGGAAUGGUGAAGAUCAUCCCAUAUGAGAAGUGUUCUGCUCCAGAUGUGUACGGUUUGGAGGUGAGGCCGGGGAUGCUGUGUGCAGGUAGUGACACCUGUGUGGAUGCCUGCCAGGGGGACUCUGGGGGCCCGCUGGAGUGUGUGCGUGACGGUGUUAGUUUCCUAUAUGGAAUCAUCAGCUGGGGUGAUGGAUGUGGAAGAACUGGGAAACCAGGCGUCUACACCAAAGUACCUAAAUAUGUCAGCUGGGUCAACCACACCAUACGACCCAAAAGACAGACUCUCAUACUUUCAUAGUACUGCCAUGUGAACUGUGCUGUCGGACCUUGUCUGUGAAUUUUUAUUUUAUUUUAUUUUAUUUUUAAGAACUGUGAAUAAAGUAUAUACUUUAUGAUCAAAUAAAUUAUAUUAAAGCCACCACAUUUGGAAUAAAACUUCAA